AAGGUCUCCACUUUCGUUGGCAACGACGAUGCCGUCUCCAAGUCCAUAUCUAGAGAUGGCAACAUGUCCAAUCUCAUCUUAUCGUGUCCUCUGGAACUGGUAAAACUACUAACUAUUGGCACUUGUUUUGGAGCUUAAUGCAUCAGUCUAAGGCAUUUUAGUUUUUCAAAGCUUGAAUUUCUUGCUGACAUGAUUCAUUAUCAUUUUCCUUGGCUAGAGGUAAAGAUGUUAUUAGGAACAAAAUUAAAAUGUCAUUUUCCUUAUUAAUAAAGUUUCCUUAUGUUGCAGAUGACCUUAUCGUUUUUGCAGAUGGAAAGGCAUCCUCUUUAGCUGCAAUUGAUGAUAUUUUGAAGAGCUUCUAUUCUGUUUCUGGGUUGAAGGUAAAUUAUGCCAAGUCAGAACAUUUUUGUUGUGGGAUUCCUGCUAGUGAAAGUACAGCACUUUACCUCAGUUUAUGGAUCAAGAUUGGCACACUCCCUGUCAGGUACCUAGGAGUACCCUUAAUCGCAGGAAGGCUAACAGGAAAAGUCCUAAAAUCAUUGGUAUCUAAGAUUUCAGACAGAAUGAAUUCUUGGACAUCGAAACACCUCUCUUUCACUGGGCAACUGCAAUUAAUUUUCUCUGUUAUUCAGGGAGUCACAACCUUUUGGUGCUUAACUUUUAUUCUGCCUAAAAAAGUGAUCAAGGAAAUUGAAAGACUUUGCAGUGCUUUCCUAAGGAAUAAUUCUACUGAUAGUGCAAAGGGAGCUAAUAUGUGUUGGCAAUCUGUUUGUUCCCCUAAAUAGGAGGGAAGCUUAGGCCUUAAAAGCCUUAGUCACUAGAACAUGGCAUGCAUAUUAAGAUUCAUUUGAAUGAUCUUUGCUAAGGUGGGCUCUAUAUGGGUUGCUUGGGUUAAGGAGUACCU